CCGAAGCCAGAAAUGAAAGUAAAAACGAGAACUGAGCUGCAGUCUAUUCAAAAGCAUUGAUGCUCACUUCGGCUCAUCGUCGGUGCAAGCUGAGGGGAAGAAGCGGAUUCCUAGUGGGCUGCAGCAUCUGCAUCUGCUUCAUUCGAGCAGUGCUUGAAAAGAAGACAACAUGUCUUCUGCGUACGAAAGGCUUCACGACAGUUCUGCUCCACACAACGGGAGGUCGACCAGCUGCGUGCUGCUCGUCGUGCUGCUCGGCUGCCUGACGGCGCUGGGGGUCCUGGUCGCCGUCGCCGUGCUGGAGAGACCCCCGCCCCCGGAGGACCACGACAUCCUGCCGCAGGACGCCGGUGGGAGCGACCUGUCCGCGGACCAGUGCAGCAUGGCCCUUGUGGAGAGCAUUCCCCUACAUGUGGAAUUCAAAGCCAACGUGACGUGUGGGAUCCCUCUGGAACAGGUCUGGAGAGAUCUCAUCUCCAUGGCAAAGGACGAGGUGGACGUGGUCUCCUUCUACUGGACUUUGACCGGGAAAGACAUCAACGUUAACUCUUCCUCCGACGCACCCGGAAAGAACAUCCUCAACGACCUCGAGGAGUUGCCCUCCAGGAAUGUUUCUGUGCGAGUGGUGGUCAGUGUUCCCACAGUCACAACCAACUCCACAGAUUUAAAGAUCUUAAAGGAGAAAGGUGUUCAGGUGAGGAGGGUGAACUUUGGGCGCCUGACAAACGGAGUCCUCCACAGCAAGUUCUGGAUUGUUGACAGAAAGCACGUGUUCAUUGGCAGUGCCAACAUGGACUGGAGAGCCCUCACACAGGUGAAGGAACUCGGAGCGGUCAUCUACAACUGCUCCAGUCUCGCGAGGGACCUCGGUAAGAUCUUCCAGUCUUACUGGGCGAUGGGACAGUCCAACAGCUCCCUGCCUCGGCCCUGGCCCUCAAAGUAUGACACCGACAUAAACAAACGUCGCCCCCUGCUGGUGGAAGCCGCCAAUGUCUCCAGCAGUAUUUACCUCUCGGGGUCUCCACCAUCAUUCUGCCCCCCAUCAAGGACCCAGGACCUGGAGGCAAUUCUCUCCAUCAUCUCAGAGGCUCAGCACUAUGUUGAUGUCGCCGUCAUGGAGUACUUCCCCAUCACGCGCUUUGAAAAGCCUCAGAGAUACUGGCCGUUCAUCGACGACACCCUCAGGACGGCUGCAUUCAACAGGAGGGUCAAGAUCCGGAUGCUGAUCAGCUGCGGCCGCGACUCUGAUCCGGCCAUGAUGCCGUUCCUUCAGUCUCUGGCGUCGAUGAACAGCCCUCACCAUGGCAUCAGAAUUCAAGUUAAAUUGUACAUUGUGCCAGUAGGAAACCAGACUGAUAUUCCAUACUCCAGAGUCAACCACAACAAAUACAUGGUGACAGAUAAAGUAGCCUACAUUGGUACCUCCAAUUGGUCAGGGGACUACUUUAUGACCACAGCUGGCGUGGGCCUGGUGGUUUCCCAGCAUGCUCCUGACCCUGCGGGGGAGACCCAGGCCCUGCAGACGCAGCUCAGGGCCAUUUUUGACCGAGACUGGAACUCUGAGUUUGCUGUGCAUCUGGGCGACCUGGGGAACCACCGGGACUGUGCUCUUCUGUCAACAUAACGGAAGAUGAAGAUAACUUGUUUUGUCAUCAUGGUUGUGUUAGAGCCAUUGUUCUGAUUUCAUGUUGUUUUUAUAGUCUUUAUUAUAUCAUCUAUAUGUGUAUUAUCUAGGUCAAAAUCAGCAGUUUUUUAUUUUGGUUGACGUAUCAAUGCCAUAACGGUAGUAAAGAUAAUGUUUUAGUGACUGUGAGCUUAAAGUAAUCGCAUGUGAAUUUAGGGUUAGGUGAUAUACAUAAUACAUUACAUUACAUUCAUUUAGCAGACCCUUUUGUCCAAAGCGACUUACAAUAAGUGCAUUCAACCAUGAAGAUAUUACCCAAGAUUACAUAAACAUUAUAUCAGCUGUGUCAAUAAGGUAUUAUACGCACUUUAUAAUUAUUAAACAUGUGUAAACAUC